CCCGGAUCGAUUACGGCUCUGUUUCUCUCGGCUGUCCUCCCCCGCUGUGAGCCUGCCCGCCUCUCGCUGUCCCUCUCCCUCUCGCCCUCCCUUCGGCCCCCCCCUUUCACGUUCACUCUGUCUCUCUGACUAUCUCUGCCCCCCUCUAUCCUAGAUACAACAGCUGACCUCAUUUCCCGACCCCCUUCCCCCCCUAAAAGUACAACAUCUGGCCCGCCCCAGCCCACAGAAGGCCCGACCUCCCCAAACAAUCAGAGGAUACUCCCCCCCCAAAAAAAAAGCCAUCCCCCCGUUCGGCCCCGUCGCACAUUCGGCCCCGGCGACUCGGCCAGAGCGGCGCUGGCAGAGGAGUGUCCGGCAGGAGGGCCUUCGCCCGCUGCCCGGUUCGCAUUCACGCAGCAGGGAGGUGGGCGGCAGCUGUGCCGGCUUCAAGAUACCAUGGCGCUUCCAGUGGGGAAGUCGAUGCUGGUGCUGCUUACCUUCUUGGCCUUGGCCUCGUGCUGCUAUGCUGCUUACCGCCCCAGCGAGACCCUGUGCGGCGGGGAGCUGGUGGACACCCUCCAGUUCGUCUGUGGGGACCGCGGCUUCUACUUCAGCAGACCAGCCGGCCGGGCGAGCCGUCGCAGCAGCCGGGGCAGUGGCAUUGUGGAGGAGUGCUGCUUCCGCAGCUGCGACCUGGCCCUUUUGGAGACCUACUGUGCCACCCCCGCCAAGUCCGAGAGGGAUGUGUCGACUCUCCCGACCGUGCUUCCGGACAACCUCCCCAAAUACUCCGUGGGCAAGUACUUCCACUCCGGAGCCUGGAUGCAGUCCGCCCAACGCCUGCGCCGAGGCCUGCCCGCCCUCCUGCGGGUCCGUCGUGGUCACAUGCUGGCCAGGGAGUUGGAAGCCUUCAAGGAGGCCAAGCGUCAACGGCCCUUGAAUGCCCUGGCCACGCACGACCCCGCUGCCCACGGGGGAGCCUCUCCAGAGGUGCCCAGCGAUCGGAAGUGAGCCAAACCAUCGUGAUUCUGCGGAACGGCCCCACCCUCCUCCUGCGCUCCUGACCGGACUUUCCACCAGGUCCCGGGACUUCCCACCAGGUCCCCCAAACCUCUCUGCGCCGUCCUCCUCCCAGCGCGCCCCGGCCGCCCCCUGCCCCAACCUCCCCAUGUCAGGCUACACCCCUCGGCCCCCUCCAUCGGCCUGAGGGCGUCAUCCCGACAACCUCAAAAAUGUGCAAAAUCAAUUGGCUUUAAAUAUCCCCCCAAAUUAUCCCCCUAAAUCAUCCCCCCAAAUUACCCCCCUAAAUUAUCCCCCCAAAUUAUCCCCCCAAAUUAUUCAACAGCCUCAAAAUGUACAAAACCAAUUAGCUUUGAAUAUCCCCCCAAAUUAUCCCCCAGGGAUAUUCAAAAGCUUCAAAAAUGUACAAAACCAAUUGGCUUUAAAUAUCCCCCCAAAUUAUUCAACCAAAUUAUUCAACCAAAUUAUCCCCCCAAACUAUUCGGCCAAAUUAUUCAACCAAAUUAUCACUCCAAAUUACACAACAAAAUUUAAAUAUUUAAAUCAUACACACACACACACACA